AUGCCGGAGGACAGGGAUUCCGCGACCCAGAGCUGCUAUCAGACCGAGAAGGAUAACGCGGAAAACGAAGGGAACGGCGAGGUGAAGAUAAUAGGAACGCAGAAGCGUUGCGAACGGUGCAAAGAAGUGAAAAUCAAGACCGAGGUGCUGGACGAGAUAGAGAACUUCUCGGCCAACGACGAGCUGGAUGUCGAACUCUGUUACGAGCAGGAGUUGGAGAAGGAGAGACAUGCUCGCCAGGAUGAUUUUUCUGUGUACGAGAAAUGCAGGGGAAGGAUUUUCACUUUGGGUAUCAGAGACGUUACCUUGGACGCUUACGCAGAUUUCAAGGAGUACAUGGAAGCUUUGGCGAGUGGGAGAAGCUUGAUAUGCAGCGUGUGCAGGACAGAGUUCCCUGAUGAAGCGGAGUUCAAGACGCAUAUGGUCGGGCACAGCUAUGGGAAGCUGUUUCAGUGUGGGCUUUGUGGAAAACAAUUUUCACGAUCGUCAGCGUUGAAGGAUCACCUGAGGCUCCACGAGUCCUUCAAAGCGUUCAUAUGCAGGCACUGCAGCCUUCGAUUUCAGCAGAGGGACCAGCUGAGGACGCACCAGGCGGAGGCGCACUCGUAUCGCAGAUCGUACGAGUGCGGCGUGUGCAAGAAGAAGCUGCUCCAUCGACAGUCGUUGCGUGAUCACAAGCUGAUGCACACGAACGUGAAACCCUUCGAGUGCUCCGUCUGCAAGAAGAGGUUCCUCAGACCGAGCAGCCUCAGGGCUCACAUGAUCGUUCACACCGCGGAUUCCCCGUUCGAGUGUGAUCUUUGUCCCGCCAAGUUCAAGAGGUCCUCCGUCCUCAAGACUCACAAGCUCACGCAUACCGGGGUUAGAAGGUUCGAGUGCGACAUCUGCAAGCACCGGUUCCACCUCAAGGGAGCUCUGAAGCACCAUAUUCUGUCGCAUUACGGAGUGAGGCCGUACAAGUGCGAGGACUGCGGAAAAUGUUACAGGAGGUCCUGGGGCCUGAAGGUGCACAGGUACCGUCACACAGGUGUGAAACAGUUCGAGUGCGACCUGUGUAAGUCUCGGUUCAGCGUGAAAACGAAGCUUGCCAAGCACAUUUACGGGCACACCGGGGAGAAACCGUACAAGUGCGAUUUUUGUGCUCGCCAAUAUGGCGAACGGUACCAGCUGAAGGCACACAAAUGCGUUCCAUCAAUCGGGAACCAAUCGAAAAUGAAAAUCGACCGACCCUUUCCCGAUUCAGUCACGCAGAUCGUCCUCUUGCGUCCUAAAUCUACGAACAGCUUCUUAGAUUCGGAUAUGAAAAAUCGGUGA